CAUUUUCCGCUCUCUAUUCAUUCGCAUUAGCAUUAGCCCUUUCAUUUCACUUCAUAAUUAAUUAAUAACAUGGCUGAAGCACUCUACUACGGCGGCCGCCAACGCCAAGAGCAACCAAGGUCCACCCAGCUUGUCAAGGCCACCACCGCUGUUGUCGCCGGAGGCUCCCUCUUGAUAGUGCUGACGUGGAUCUAUAGGUACGUAACAGGUAAGCAUCCACCUGGCGCCAACCAAUUGGACACAGCCCGCCACAAGCUGAUGGGCAAGGCGCGUGAGAUUAAGGACUUUGGUCAACAACAAACCAGUGGGGCCCAGGCUUCUUGAGCAUACCAUCUUCGUUUGCAUCUUUGUUUGCACGCACGUCCACGCCAUCAUUUAUCUUUUUCGAAUUGUUAUGGUUUAUUUUAUUUUAUUUAAUUUUUUAUGAGUCUGGGUUUCUUGUAUUACCGUUGUUUAUAUAUUUCCUGUUAUCAUCCAUCAAUUUUAAUCCUGCCUAGUCAUAUUGACAUGAAUUCAAUAUAUAUAGCUAGGAUUAUCGUCA